AUGCAGACGCAACGCACCCCGUUCUGGGAGCUGCUGUGCGGGCUGGAGGAGCGGUCCCUGCGAGAGCAAGACGCAUCAAGUGCUGACGCAACCUCUCGCAAUUCGGCCGAUGAGGCCACCCCCACCAGGGGGGCUAUGUUUGGCUCCUACGUGGAAGAACUCGCGCACCGCCUGGACGAAGUCGCGCUGGCUGGCCUGUGCCGGGCGGACAUGGCGGCACGCGUGGCGCAGCUGCACGGUCGCCAGACCUCUUACGCCCUCGCUCUCAACUGCUCGGGCACUGCCUUCUUGCACCGCAAGAGGCAGGCCGAUGGUGAUGCUGAGGAGGACCAGCACGACCAGUACUGUGUCCAGUUGUUGGAAGGCCUCAAUCGCCUUGGGUGCCUGGUGGACGGCAGCAAGGCGGUGAAGACAAGCGACCCAUUGUUCCGUUCCUUUGUUCGCUUCCAGUUCAACAAGCUCAAAAGCAUGGGCAAGAUCCAUCAGCACGCCAGCCUUAAAGGCGACGGGGUCAUGCCCACGGCUUUCGUAGCGGUGAGGCAGGAGAUCCUGAUGGACCGCCUGCCCGAGACUUCUGGCCUUCGCCGCCUCCCGCCGCCUCUAGACCAACAGCAGCUCACUGUGUGCGUCGUGAGCCUGUGCCCCGCCAAUGCACCCGAGUUAGUCUACGGCCAGACGUGCUGUCUCGUCUCUCCGGAUGCCAAGCUGGGCCUCUUCUCCGUCUCUUACGACCCACACACCCCCGCAGCUGCCUCCUGCCCGGCCAACGACAGCGAUGACGAUCAAUUGUGGGUCGUGUGCACCGCAGAGGCCAUGGUCCACCUGCAGUACCAGGGGUGGCAGAUGGCGGAAACGGGCGUCUGGAUUGGUGCUCCAGGAGCCUGGACGGAGCACUUUCUGGCGUGCCGCGCUGCAGCGGCGAACGGCAAACAGUUUGGCAUCAGCGCAGACAUGAUACUGCCCGAUAUCAGUGUUGGGGAGGACAAGGAGAUGGGACCGUUGCUGGGUCGGCACCUGGCUGAGCAAAUGACCGAGGAAGAGCUGACCCAGCAUCGCCUGCCGGCAAGGCUCGCAUAUUGGCAGUACCGGCGAGCGCACAUCGAGCUUGCAAUCGAACCGUGGAAAGGAAGGUUGUUGUCAGAGGUCUACGGGGCAUUGCGACAAAAAGUGCUCUCCUCGCCGCAGUGCUUCACUUACUAUGCCACCGAGAGCGAGUGCCUCGACUAUGGAGGUGAGAAGCUCAUAGUCGCGACCCGGCGCAGAUACUUUAUCGACUUCACUGGUGAAUGGAAGCAAGAAGUAAGUGACCUUCUCGACCAAAUGGAAUCCCAGAAGCGCAUCAGCGAGUACGCUUCUGGCAAGCUCAAGCACACUUUGCGCGACAUUCGAGACUGGUCCUUCGCACAGAGACGCAUGCACGGAACAGCACUGCCCUGGGACAACAGCAUCGACCCGUAUUCGGAGCAAUCGCUCGUGCACGUCUUCCUCACCGUUGCGCACGAGCUUACAGGCAAGGUAGCAGUUGAUGACGUAACGGACGAAGAUUGGGAGCGGAUCUUCGCUCUCGGUCCGUCGGAUGGGCCACCGCCCGCCGCCAGUCGCGUUCCGCAUGCCGUGCUGGCCGCUGCUCGACAGGCGUUCCAGCACUGGUUGCUAGCCUUUUCCGUCGGAGUGCAUUCGCUGCUUCACCACGUGGCCCUGUUCGGCCGCCGCAUGUGCCCGCAGGCAAUCGACCUGGCCCCAAUGGCCCACAGGCCGUUCGUGAGGCGCGAUAUUGUGGAGCUGGCCUCGCAUUCCGCCUCUGUCGUGCGAUUGGUGAUGGCCAUGGGCCAGAGCGCAGACAUGGAGCACCACGGCGGGCUCGCCCGACUCUACCACCUGAAUGAGACCCUCAGGGGCCUGUGCGCCGGAGAACAAGCCAUGCGGAGUGACUCGAUCAAACAAGUGAUGCACCGUCGAGCGCUGGUUCUGUUCGCCCAUUUCCACUCGCCGGAAUCGCCGUUCGCGAUGCUGCCGCUCGAGCUCGUGGGCCACAUUGUUGGGUCCAUCACCACGAUGGGCUGUCCCGGAUUUGAUGACCACUACCUGAUGCACGUGGACAGGCUGAUGCGAAGCGGGACCAGCGAGUGCUUGAUUGACAUUGCACACGCCCUCGCGCAAAACGACUUUAGGGAGGUGGUCCGAAUCACACUGGACGUCAUGCCACACGUCCUCGACCGAUAUCGACGGGCUCUGGGCAAGCAAGGCACCGACGCACUCAACCGCACACUCAUACGGCGCUUCUACAAGAUUCAAAUGUGUGCGCUGUGGCCAAUAUGCCCGGUCUACUGCGCCUACGCAUGGACCACGCACCUCAAGGCCACUAGCACCAUGCCCGACUACUGGCGCAAGUUCGUGCGCGAUGUUGAUGACGGCUGCGAGGAUGAGGCCGAAGAUGAUGGAGUUUCGAGGAUACGUUCAAAGCUGCGCAUCGACGUGGAGAUCGACGAGAAGGUGGCCGAGCAGAGUAGCUACCUCAUGUCGCUCAUCGAGCGGCUCAAGGCGCUCAAGAAGCGCAAGCGUGGCGUGCCAUCGAACGAGCUCGUGGCGCAAGUGACGGUGUGCCGGGGCCAGCCCGAGUGGGCCACGCCGAUCGUAGCGCUCAUGGAGGAGCACCUCCGGGGCGCCAGGCCCAGCGACCAGCAGCCGGCCCUGAGCAGCUACACCAAGCAGGUCGCACUGAAGCUGCUGCUCGAGCAAGCACCGUACAUGCGCCACAAGUCCGCCGAGUUUGUCCCACUACUUGAACACCUCUGGCGGAUGACGGUGGAAAGACGGUCUGAGCAAGCUGGCGCGGGAGCGGGUGCGCUGGCGUUCGACGAGGCGCGGCUCCUCGAGCGCAUGGCGCCGUUCGUCGCCAGCUCGGCAGGUCUGGCCGGCCUCCGACUGACACCGUCGGUCGAUGGCAGCACCGCAACGACCGUGGCCUCUCCCGCGGCACGGCUCCUCCCCGGCCUGCCCGCCAUCGAGUGGCUGCUGGCCUUCGCAACCACGGGCUGA